CCCUCCACUACUCCUCUCUAAAACCAGACAUCAUUGGAAACAAUUUUUCAUCUGAGCUUCAAAAUUCAAGGAUGAUGGUUCAGAAAGAAGAUCUGGGUUUGAGUCUAAGCUUGAGCUUCCCUCAAACCCACCAUGCUUUGCAGCAGAAUCUUAUGCCUUGUUUGCUUCCAACUUCUGCUUCUUCUUCUUCUCCUCCUCCUCCUCCUCCUUGCUUCAAUCUUCCCAAGCCCUCUUGGAACGACGCCUUCCUUUCAUCAGAUCGGAACUCCGAAACGUGCCGGGCCGAGACACGAUCUUUCCUCCGCGGCAUCGACGUGAACCGGCCGCCUUCUACCGGUGACUGCGAAGAGGAAGUGGGCGUAUCUUCCCCAAACAGCACGAUAUCUAGCGUGAGCGGCAAGCGAAGCGAGAGAGAAGCCAACGGGGAGGACCAUGAGACUGAGAGAGCUUCCUCUCGGGGUAUCAGCGAUGAAGAAGACGCUGAAACCUCGAGGAAAAAGCUCCGCCUCUCCAAGGACCAGUCCGCUAUUCUCGAAGAGAGCUUCAAAGAACACAACACUCUCAACCCCAAGCAAAAGUUAGCGUUGGCUAAGCAGCUAGGCCUCCGACCCAGACAAGUCGAAGUGUGGUUCCAGAACAGAAGGGCAAGGACCAAGUUGAAGCAAACUGAGGUUGACUGCGAGUUUCUGAAGAGAUGCUGCGAGAAUCUGACGGACGAGAACAGGCGGUUGCAAAAAGAGGUUCAGGAACUGAGAGCCCUGAAACUUUCCCCGCAGUUCUACAUGCAAAUGACCCCACCCACCACCCUCACCAUGUGCCCCUCAUGUGAGCGUGUCGCAGUCCCAGUUUCCUCGUCGUCCACCGCCGACGCCGGGGCCCACCAGAUGGGCCCGACACGCCCACGCCCACGCCCGAUCCCCAUCAACCCGUGGGCCCCCGCACCGGCUCCCAUCGCGCACCGGCCGUCGGAUGCGCUUCAUCAUCCCAGAUCGUGAGGGGGGGCAGUUUGGAGAUUUCACGCCGAAAUCCUUAUCCUUAGAAUGUGUAUGUACGUAGUUGAUGCAGAAAAAAGAAUGGAGUUGUAAAACAGCGUACCAAUUGUAUGUUGAGUCCAGGUCUAAGAUAUGGUUGGUAGAAGGUGAUCUGGUGGGUCUUCAUGUUUUGUAUUGUCGGACCCACGUGUGACUUAUUUUAGUUUAGUGUUUAGCAGGAUUACUUGAUUACUAAAAGAGAAAGAGUUUGGAUCUUAAUUUGGAAAUUAA